AUGGAGCAGACAGACAUGUCACGUUUCAGUAACCCUUUAUUCCCGCCGAAAUACCUCUGGCAGCACGCCAUUGACAGCGCCGAUGACGAUGUGAAAGCCGCUCUGGACCUUGCAAAGACUGGCAAGCGCGAUGUCCUGCAGGCCGUGCGUAAAGCCGCUGACGAGAAAAGAGAGCAAGCGGUUUGGAGGUUCUGGCGAUUUGAGCCGCCCCGCCAGGGGACUGUCAUUGUGCGGGAAAUCGUCAUUGUGCGCGAUCUUCUGGAAAAGAUUGUUCGCUGGAUUGAUGUUCUACAUGACAGCGAUGCGCAAGUUCCUGAGGAACGCCAGACUGCGUGGCGUCUUCUCUGGUCUCCGUUCUGGUUUCUCCUCCGGCGACCGGUUGAGGAUGUCGAGGCGUUCGGAGGUCUGAUCUACGACCUCGAGUACGCCGCUCGCCUGAUCGUGGAGUUUGAAAUCAUGGAUCUGCAACGGCCUGGGCUUCUCAUCUCCACAGAUAACUCACCGACGAAUGCUUUGGCUCUCCUUUACGAUGGCAUUCUACGCUUAUUGGCCAGCCAUAUUCGCACCGCCGUCCACGAGUGUACGGAUCAUCCUGGUUCAGAAGAAGCAGUUUCACGAGCGAGAGAGGAAACAACUGCCAGAGAGACCAAACUAAAUCUGAGCCUUGGGUUGGAUACCAACAAGCCUCUUACGCCAAAUCGGAAAAUGUACGCGCGAGAAUGCCACAGUGCUACGGUGCAGAAGGUCACCGUCUCCGAUGACUUACGACACCAAAUUCAAACUUGGAUAACUGGAGAAAUUGAGGAUAGCUCGUCUCACAACGCCCACGAUAAUGCUCCUCCCACAGGCAUCCUUUCGGUUGACCAUUUGUCCGGAUUGAAAUCGUUCGGCUCUUGGUGGGGAUCUAGCUCGCCAUGCUUUCUCCUUAUGCACGGCCAACACGAUGGAACCGACGGAAUUUGUAACAUUGUCAGAGAGAUGAUAUUCCAAACAAAUGCCCAACUUGAACGUCCGGCUCCAGUCUUUUACAUUGAUUGCGCUGGCAAGUCUUCAGGCCAUGAUAUUUUGAAGCAGAUCGUGGCCGAGCUGGCCUUUAAAGCAGAGGACCCUUCGAAAACAUGGGACAGUGUCAUUGCAGAAUACCACGUCGAGCAGACACAAGCGGAGAUGGAAGGAACCACCGUACCCCCGAUGAGUGUUCGCGGCUGCCUCGCCGCAAUCCUUGACAUCAUAGCCCCAGGGCCAGUCACUCUACUGUUGGAUCAAAUAGGAGAACAGGCCGCAACCCACGUACAGAGCUACAUGACCCACGUCAUCGACAACUCGGUCAACGUUGUUAAGAUCUUGAUUACAGUCAAGAAUAGUACACCCGAGAAUGCAGCUUUCCGUAUCGUACUGGGCCAUCGCUUCACGGAGCACACAAACGGAGUCUUGGUCCUCUUACGGAAUGCCCAGCCGCCACGAUACGCAACUGGUGCGGAGUCAUGGCACACAACCCUUGAACCUGGUAGCUGUCUGUCGUCUGCCUCGCUCUCUGAGCAGAGCGAUGCUCUCAUUGCGGCCGUCAAAGGUCGCGGGCUAACUACUCUGCUCUCGCUGGUCCGGAACACGCCCGGCAUCUUAACACACCUACCUAACAGCGUACUAACCACUGCUGUCCUUAACAACGACACCCGCUUCCUAACAUACCUACUGACUAUCCCCCAAUGUGCUACAGACCCGUCUGCACUUGCCUCGGCCUUCCGCGUGGCCGUCUUGACCAACCUUAUCCGCUGCACCGCCCUCCUCUUGUCCCACCAGCCCGCCGCCCCCGACCCGAACUCCCUAUUCUCAGACGCCAUACCCUCCAUGUCUACCCCGCUCCUUGCCGCUGCUAGUCGCAACCACGCCCGUCUCAUCUACCUGCUGGUAGCCCACGGCGCCGACGUCAACCAAUUCGCGGCUUCGGACAGACUCCUCACGCCACUCUUCGUUGCCGCGAGCGCCGGCGCUCUCGACGCCGUGAAGGCACUCCUCGCGGCAGGCGCGGAUGGAAACGGCACACGUGCUGAGGAGGCCGCUGUUGCUGCUGCCGAUGCCGGUCAUGAAGCCGUUGCAAAGUUUCUGGUGGACUACGUGGCCGAGAUGAGGCGCUCGGGGCGUAAGAAACAGCCAACCGUUGGGGGAUCGGGGUCUGGGUCGGGCUUUCGCCGCCGCAUUGCCUACUCCAGGUACAAGUCGCUGCUCCGUGAGGCGUCACCUGGCUGGCCGGUGCGGGAGAGAGGCCGUCGGCACUACGGGAGCAUCGUGAGAGCAAGCGUGGCGCCAUCGUUGGCGGCGGAAGAUGAUGCGGUGCAGCGGCUUGUGCGCAUGGCUGACGGGAGCGAUUUAGCAGGCGUGGAGAAGGCAAUGAAGGCGAAGGUGCAGAGGAAUAAUAGGGAAAGCAGUGGCAAUAUGCUGGCGGCGUUGGCGGCAGCUGGACAGCUUGAUGUGGUCAGGACGAUAAUGGAGCAGCGGGAGCUGCUGGAUAUCAGUGAACAUCAUGUUGGCCAGGCUUUGGAAGAAGCCGCCAUGGCCGGGCAGUUGAGGUUUGUACAGCUCUUCUGCGAGAGCGGUUUGGAUUUGGGAGACCAAUGCUACUCGUCUGCUCUGACAGGAUCUGUGAGAAAUGGGCAUAUUGACGUCGUCGACUUCUUGGUUCGGCAGAAAAGAUCGGAAGAAAUACCGCAGAAGACAAUGGAGGAGAUCAUAAGAGGGGCUUGCCAGCAUGGAGAUUCAAUGGCGCUGCGAGUGCUCCGGCUGGCUGAAGAGCGCUUCUCCAGGAAGGAACUUGACCAGGUUCGGAUGGAUUCAUUGCCGCAUGCCGCACGUUAUGGGCACCAGGAAGUGGUGGCUGCGAUUCUCGACUCCGAGACAGAGAUUGAUACCGACUCCUUUCUCGCCGCGUUCAGGACUGCUUGCACAGCUGGCCGGGUGGAUAUGGUAAAUGAACUCAUCGGCAGAGAUUCGAGAGGUAUGAUUCAGCCACUACAUCUUGAUCAGGGCGCUCGAAUCGCUGCCUUUCGAGGGGUCAAGCACACUUUCCAAACGCUUCUUGAUCAGCAGAAGCUGGAAAGUCGGGAUGAAACCCUUCAUAACUGCCUGGUGCUGGCAGCUGGCAACGGGAUGCAGGACCUUACGGAGUUUCUGUUUAACAUCAUCCAGGACGGGGAACGUCGCAUCUAUGCCGCCACGAGAGGACUCAGGAUGGCGGCUCGUAACGGUCACUGUGAAAUGGUCCGCUACCUCCUGGAUAGGGGAGCACGCAUCAACGAUGCUGUACCAGACAUCAGUGCUCCACUAACCUGGUGUUGGGAAAAAAGGAACGCAGAGAAGUCAGCCGAGAUGACUGCAUUACAAGCCUGUAUCCAAGGUUUCGAUCGUUUCCGGUUCCCCUACCACCGAGGUUUGAGGGAGUGGGAGAAUGGAGAUGAGUAUGCAAUGAAACUAACGCUCUGCCUUUUACUUGAUCGCGGUGCCGACGGAAACGCGAAGGGCGGCGCGGACCACCUCCCCAUCCAGAAUGCCAUACGGUAUUGCCCCAUUGACGUCGUAACACUAAUCCUUGAGGCUGGGGUGGACGUUCCAGCUGCCGCCGCUUCUACCAGCGACCUACUUGAAGGGCUCAGCAGCCGCGAUUACGAAUUGGACUGCGGGAUCAGAUUUCAAAUUUUGCUCAAUACCGGUGCAGAGCUACAACGAAUCCCGUCACUUGUCAAAGAAGCCCUCAAAUACUUUGACGGCGACAUUGACUCCGAAAAUUACCACUCCGAAGGUAUUAAUCCGGAUGGUCGAUUCGAACGCACCAAGUCCAUCACUGCCGCGUUGACGGAAGGGCCCGGAGCCAUCAUCAGGACAGCACUUCAGAUACUGCCUGAAGAGAAGGCUACCGACCCUAGAUAUGGUCUCGUACUUCAAAUGGCUGCCGCCAUCGGCGACGACGCCUUCGUCCAGCUCCUCGUUGAACGCGGCGCCGAUGUGAACACGGCAGGCUUUUACUACGGAACCGCACUACAAGCAGCAUCCCGCUUCAGCCAUCUCUCAACGGUAAAGCUCCUUCUCUCCGCUGGCGCCACGGUCAACAUCCUACAAGGCCGGCACCACACAGCACUCCGCGCCGCUGUAGUUGGCGGCAGCAUCGAUAUUGUGCACCUCCUGCUCGAAUCCAGCGCCGACAUAAGCCUCUCGUUCACGACAUCCCGACUUAGUAGUUCCGAGAAGAACAUGGCACCCACAAUUAUGCAGCUCGCGGUCGAGCAUGGGCACCUCGAAAUUGCCAAGUUGCUGCUCCGCAAUGGAGCACCACCGCACCAGGAUGAGGCCAAAGGGCCCAGCACACUCAUAAUCGCCUGCUUCGAGAGCAACACGGCCAUGGUAUCACUCCUACUCUCGGCUGGUGCGCCCGUGAACUACGUUGCCACGCCGCCUUCGGGCAUCUUGUACGGCGACGAAGACGGUUGGUGCAGCGCGCUUCACAUGGCAUGCAUGCAGGGCAACCCGGAUACCGUCCAGCUCCUCCUCGAUGCUGGGGCAGACGUCGAGAUGAGUGCUGUUGAGCCCAAGUGGCGUUCGCCGCUCACCACGGCGGCGAGCAAGAACCGAGCGGCCGUCGUCCGGCAGCUGCUUGGUGCCGGAGCGCAUGCAGAUCGGCUAUCCUACUGCCACCACAACACAGGCAGGACGGCGCUAUGCGAGGCCGCUGAGAAUGGCGCGUUGGAAGCGGCCAAGGCUCUUCUGGCUGGCGGCGCGGCGCCACACAACAAAGAGUGGCGGCCGAAUCCACUCAACCGUGCAUGUCAACGCGGCCAGCUGAAAGUGGCGGAGCUUCUUUUGGAGGCCGUAAGUUUCUCCGAGGUUGAAGAGCCGGCGCUGCUGUGCGCCAUGUACGCGGCAUCUGAAGCGUGGUGUCACCAGGAUGAGGUGUUCAAGCUGCUGUUCGAGUACGCGCCUGCAGAUGGUGACGCGCUCGUUGCGGCGGCAGCGGCUGGGCUGAGCUCGGUCGUGUGGAUGUUGCUGGAGAGCGGCGUCAACGUCAACUCUGUGAAUCUGGCUGGUGACACAGCACUCCUGGAGGCUGCGUACAACUUGCACCCUGAUGUUGUGGCUACACUUCUGGAGCACGGUGCGGAUAUCAAGAUCAAAAACAGGCAUCGCGGCGGGCCAAUCAUGUCUGCGUUGGAUAAGUGCCUGGGACGUCCGAACACGCUGUUGAGGCUCAUGUUCAACGGGUACAACAACCGCGGGGGCCACUUUUACACGCUGCAAGAGUACAGCCCCUAUGACUGGGAAGGUGCUGCAGAUUUGCCAGUCGGCGAAGAGAUUGUAAACCUCUUGCUUCAGCAUGGCGCGGAAGCUGGUGACGAGAGCCCGGUUCUGGAGAACGGCUUCACCCUCGGCUCUGCACUGCACCUCGCCGCCUUCCUUGGGAGUGAGGCCAUUGUCUCGGCGCUGCUGGAUCAUGGCGCGGCCAUUGAUAUGCGCAGCGGACAUUUCGAAACCCCUCUUUUCGCCGCCAUCCAAAGCAGUCAAGCUGUCGUCGUGAAGUGUCUGCUGGAACGAGGCGCCGCUUACCAGUACAUGUCAGAGAAGCGGGGCACUCCUCUCCAUUUCGCCUGCCACCAGCAGUCAAAGCCUAUAGUGCGACUUCUACUGCGCCACGGUGCUGAUGCCAACACUGUUGACACCCACGGCGCGACACCGCUGACGACUGCUCUGAGCACCAGGGGCCGCAACGACCGCCAAUGCUUCGAUGUCUUCUUGGAAGAGGCGCGAGAUGUGCGAAUCACGCCCGAAGACCUGCUUGCCGCCGCCGCCACGGAAUCCGAGCCGGUAGCCAAGCUGAAGGCGCUCCUCAACACCGACACAGCCAUCACGCCAUCCGAAGACGUCGUCUGCGCUAUGCUGGCCAACUGGCGCGCAUCGCGCGACCAAGACCUCAUCCGCCUAGUACUCUCCCGCACCCGCCAUAUCGGCGUUACUGAGCGUAUGCUGUGCACGGUAUCAGAUACCAGCGCGCUAAAGAUACUCCUCGAGGAGGGCGAUAGCGCCAUAUCCGCCAUCACGCCCGCAGUGCUCGAAGCCGCGACGGUCCUGCACAACAUCGACUACCUCCUCUGGAUUGCCCCGACCGUGGUUCCCACCGGGCCGGUCGUGAUCAACUUUCUCAAGGCCUACAAGCCCUCGCCGCUGCUACGAGGAUACGAGCCUCUCAAGCACACUCAGCCGCUGCUGGAAGUCAUCUGGCACCGCAGCCCGGAUCUCGUCGUGACCGAGGAGAUGCUGCUCCACGCCACCACAGCCGAUGAUAUGGCAUUCCUGAUGGGUCGCGCGCCGCCAGAUCUGACCGUGUCGGACGAAGUCUUCCAGAACGCGGUUCUACGGUCCGACCGCGCCAACGUGUUGCGCGCCAUCUUCUCACACCGCCCAGCCUGGCAGAUGAGCGAGGCUGCCGCCGUCAAGGGCCUGGCCAGAUGUUUUCGUGAGUCCGAGUUGGAGUUUUGGGAUAUCCUGCUGGAGUAUCAGCCUUACCUCGACAUCACUGCCGCCCUUCUGCGCGAGACGAAGCUUGCAGCGAAAUGGGUACAGCUGGUCAAAAGCUGGGGGAGGACGUUUAUGGUGACGGAAGAGCUGAGAGAGGUCGUCGAGGCGAAGCUGGCGAGUACAAGUCAAACGAAACUGAAGGCGAUGGUGUAUUCAAUUGGUGAGCUGUAA